CGCAACACUGUUCCCGUCGAGUGGGAAAAGUUUGUUUCGCCAAUUGACAUUUUCUUUUUGGGAGUUUUGUUCGAAAACUGUAAAAUUCUAGUAAGUCGAGUAAAAUUUUUUAAACAACUUCAAAAGAGGCAGAAUUUUCAAAACAUAAACUCACAUAAAUUGUGUUUAGAAAGGCCGCUAAAGUACACAUUGAAGUGCAGCUGAAAAUUUGCUACAAAGAAGUGUGUGAGUGAAACAUUAAUAACAAGCGACGCCAUCGCAAAAACGUACCGAUCCAAAGUGACGCUUUUUACACGGCGCAAGUUCGAAUUGCAUUGAAAACUUUUGUGUGCUGUUGUGGGUGCGUAAAGCGAUAGUGCUCAAGGUGAAGGGGAACCGAAUAAAGCGAUAGACGCACAAAUAUCCGUACAUAGGAAAAUUUGUAUUGUCAGCUAGUUGAGUUGCACAAGACGAACCAACAAAUAAAACACAAGAGCAAAACAAAAGCAAGUGGAAAGUAAGAGCAUCGACAGCAUCACACAGCAUACGUAGCAUUAGCAGACACAACAUUUACAGAAAUCGAAAGUCAUAACCAUGAGUUCGAUAUCAAAUGUGGAAAAUCUGUCACCACAGACAAUUCGUCAAGUAAUGAAGGAAAUGCAGCAGAUGAGCGAAACACCAUUAGAGGGCAUCAAAAUACAAAUAAAUGACGCUGAUGUAACUGACAUUCAAGCGCUAAUCGAAGGUCCUGCUGGUACCCCAUACGCUGGUGGCGUUUUUCGUGUUAAGCUAACACUCGGAAAAGAUUUUCCGCAAUCACCGCCAAAAGCCUUUUUCCUUACAAAAAUCUUUCAUCCAAAUGUGGCGGCUAAUGGUGAAAUUUGCGUAAACACAUUAAAGAAGGAUUGGAAACCUGAUUUGGGUAUUAAACAUAUAUUGCUCACCAUAAAAUGCCUUCUUAUUGUACCAAAUGCGGAAUCUGCGCUAAACGAAGAAGCUGGUAAACUGCUACUGGAGCGUUAUGAUGAUUACUCACAGCGUGCAAAAAUGAUGACGGAAAUUCACGCACAGCCCGCAAAAGGUGCCGCCAGUGGUGAUGCGAAAGAUGAUGAUGGUCCCUCCUCUAAAAAACAUGCUGUCGACAAAAAACUGCAGGACAAGAAAAAAGAAAAGCUAAUCAAAGAGAAGAAACGUAUGUUGAAGCGGUUAUGAGGCGGUAGUUGUACAUGUAUUGAGCCUUUACCAAAGGGCGGUAACACAACAAGUCACCUUAGCGUUCAAUUCUUAAAAAAAUUAACAAAAGCAAACUAAGCCAAAACAUCCAAGAAGCAUUAAGUGGCAAAUGCAAGUACAGAAGCAGCGGCAACAGGAGCAGCAUUAGCAAUUAUAAGUAAUACCCAAUUGCAAUAAUAAGAACAACAGCAAAACCAUAACAAUAAUAACAAUGUUAAAAAGUGCAGAGGAGAGCAGUAAAUUUGGGGACGGCACCACAGUUCUAACUAACAACACGAAAAAUCACACCACACAUGUUAUAAAAAAAAAUCAGUGUGAAACGGUAUAUUCACUAUGUGCGCUAUUUAUAUGCUACAAGUUUCGUAUGCUGCUGGAAUAACAGUAGAUAUGUGCAUUUCUUUUAUUUCUUUAAUUUGGCACAUUUUAAAUGGAAUGGAUUAUCAUUACAAUAGCUUUAUGUUUUAUUAAUGAAUUAAUUUGGACACGAUACCGUAGGCAUCACAUAAACAAGACACACACACAUAUAUACACUUCUCUUAAUUGAGCCAUGUUCGAUACAUAUUUAAAUAUAAUUUUGUGUAAUUCUUCUUAGCUUUCUCUCAUGAAAUUAGUCAGGAUAGUUUAAUAAUUGUUAUAAAAGAGAAGAAACUAAAUACUAUGUAAUAUAAUACUAAGUUUUAUUUAGCAUUAAUUUACCUAAUGUAUUGUUCUAAUUGCAUAUUUAUAAACUCCUAGAAAAAGAAAACAAAAAUAGAGAAAACCAAAACUAAUUUUAUACUUAUAUUAGCCUUAUGGAAACAUGCACAUCACGUGCAUACAUACAUACGUAUAUGCAUUAGGGUGUUUGUUAUGUGCCAAGUUGAUCGACGCCCUCUGAUGGUUCAAGAAAGAAAAAUUAAAUCAUUUUAAGUUUCGCAUAUUAAAAAAAAAAUGUAAAAAAGUCAACUUGAAGAAUAAUGGACUCCCUAAUAAAUAUAUAUAUAUACAUACAUAUAUAUUACAGAAUGGUUCAAUGGCUACACAAUAUCAUUUAUAUAGCAAAAGCGCGAAAUGUUUAGCAUUAUGCGUACUCACAUACAAAUGUUUAUGAUUUAUGACUGCGUGUGUAGUAACAUACAAACAUUUAUUAUUUAUAUAUUUGUAUGUAUGCGCGCUUUGUUUUUGCAGCAUUUAAGCGCACUUGUGUUCAAUUCGAAAAAAAAAAUUGCUAACAUUUUCCUUCAAACUCGUACUCGCCACAAAUCGCCAUCCACAACACCCACACACUUAUUGCAUGCACACGUUGAUUAAAUACAUACAUACAUAUUACUUACUACAUAUAAAAUAUAUUGAAGUAACCGUACAUGCAUUAAAACUGAUAUACAAAUACUGAGAGUGAAGAAAAAACAAAAAAAAAAAGAACAAAAGCCAACAACAAUGAGAAUCGCCUAACGAACACCUUCCCGUGUACCAUUUUUAGCGUGUAGUAGUGUGAAAUAAAAGAAAA